AUGACCGUCUCCGCCAACUCAACGUUGACUCGGCGCAGGCUGGGGCGGCUACUGUCGGUCCGUCUCCAGGUCGAAGUGUUCCUACCGAGGGGACCUUUUCCCGAGCGGCCGGCAAGUGGCCGUUCACCGUCGACUUGGAUGCCGAACCUGCCCCGAAGCGCGGGCGGUAGACUGAGCCUCCUCGGGCUAUCUUUGCCGCUGACAAUGACGAGGAGCCUGCCAACCCCGUCACCUUGGCCUGUCCGUCGAAGACGGUCCAGUUUGCGAACCACAUGA